AGUUACUAUAUUUGCAGUGGCCCAAUCCUGUGGUUGUGCCCAGCAAUUUUCAGUGUGCAAUACAUUCAGAGUCAGGCUACCAGCAUGCCAGUGCGGGGUGAGAAGUACUGUGCAGUGCAUGUAAUUCCAGAAUGCCUGUUAAACUGCUAAAUUAGCUGGUAAUCUUCAUAUUCCACAUCACAAAACACAGGCGAUCCUAAAGCAAGCAUUGGGCAGGUCUGGGUGUUUUGAGGUGCUGCACGGAGACACCAGCCCAGAGUCAUCCCCAGCAAGGUGCUUAACAGGCGCAUGAAUCCAGACGUACCAAGCUGCUCCAGGCUGAAGUGGGUGGGAAAGCUAAUUAACUGAUUGCAGUGUCCUAACUCAGAUCUGCUUCCAGCUAUGGAGUCUGCUGUUUUGUCAUGUUCUCCAGGCCAGCACCCCGGUGUCCCAGGUUUUGGCUAGGCACCUUUCUGUCAACUAUUUCUUUGUGCUAGCCUUAUUUUCAGUUUCAGGGAGCGUCUCCCACGUGUGUGUUUUAAAGUUCCAUGUGAGAGUGUUAGAUUUCCGUUGUUUUGAAACCAAAUCCUCCCCCAGCAUGGACGGAGGCUGGUUGGGAGGUCAGCUCUGUGCUUGUGACGGCACCUGCAGGUGGUGGCGAGUGCCUCAGUCAAGAGCAGGGAUGUCACCACCCGUCAGCAGGGCCUUCGCCAAGCUCGUUUUGUGGUUGCCACUGCUGUCUCUGGGAAGAUUUGAUCAUGAGCCUUCCCAGUCAGGCCACUUCAAACCAAACCACCUGCUUGCAUGGCAGCAGGGUUUAACUGACAGGAUACCAGUGACGGAUUUGGAGGCAGGUUCAAGGGAGGCCUGUUGUGUCCUUCUCCCCUGCUUUCUGCUCCUCGCCUACCCGCUGCCUGCCCCGGGGCCUCCACAGUGGCACUGCCCCGGGAGGGCUGCAAGGUUUGCUCAGUAGCUGGGCAUUCAGGCGAUGAAUCACAGAGGCAUGGCAGGGAGUGAUAAGGUCGUGUACUUUAUGAUUAGAUACAUCCUCCCUUUAACAGCGGCUCUUUGUCUCCCUUUUGCUUUUGGUAAUGUUUUUCAGCUAUUUGCAUACAACAACUCUCCAAGCAGGAGCUGUGCAACUUGAAACAAAGUCGCUAUUAUUCUAGGGUGUGAGGAUUGCGGUAAGAGCCUUCUAGGAGAAUGCAAACUCCAUGGACCACUCAUCAAGGCUAAAGACAGGGUUAUUCCUAGCCGAGCCCGUCUUACCCUACCUCAUUACCUUACUUUGCGAGUGUUGGAGCUGCGAGCUGGAAAUCAGCAGAUCCUUGGAGUAUUUGCAAAGAAAGUAAUACAGAAGAGAACACAGUUUGGUCCUUAUGUUGGUCAACUGUCUACAAAACUGACCCGCUAUGAUGAGAGUAGGCUAGUCCUUCAGGUGUUGAAAGAUGGAGGGAAGUACUUUCUGGACACUCCCAAUGAAGACUGUGGAAACUGGAUGAUGUUUGUCCGGCUAGCCCGGAACCAAGAAGAACAGACCCUUGUGGCUUAUCAGCACUGUGGAGAAGUCUACUUCACGACUGUUAAGCCAAUUGAACCCCACACAGAACUGAAAGUAUGGUAUGCUGCCGAUUAUGCCAAAUUUAUGGAAGCUUCUGCAGUCUUUAUUAAAGAAGAAUCUGAUGUCUGUCCGUUGCCUCCAGUAGCAAAAGAGCCCGUAGACCCUUGGAUAUGCUCCAGUUGUAGAAGCGCUUUUGCAACUUUUGCUCUGCUGGAAUCUCACCAGUGCAUCAAUAAAGACCGAGUCCUUACCACAAGGUUCAGACCACCAAAUAAAUUGGGAUCCGUAAAAGCAAAAAACAAACUUAAAGGGAAACUGAGAGGAUCUGCAUUAGGCAAAAGCAUCACUCAGUGCUAUGGGACCAUUUCAUGUUCCUCUGCUGCAAAGCUUAGUUGUGCCAGCUCAGGAAACACUUGUGAUGCUCUUGUGAGGUUUAUACCUAAAUGGAGAAAUGGCCGGUCUUCACUGUUGAAGGGAAAAGAAGUGAAGCAGCCAGACAGUUACUCUUGCCGACUUUGUGGGAAGAUAUUUGAUUCCAUUGAAAAGCUCACAGUCCACACUUACGCGCACAAAGGGGAGCGCCCCUACAAGUGUUCACAGCACGGAUGCACAAAAGCCUUCAUUUCCAAAUAUAAACUGCUCAGGCACUCAGCCACUCAUUCUCCACAGAAAUCUCACCAGUGUGGCUACUGUGAAAAGACCUUUCAUAGGAAAGACCAUCUAAAGAAUCACCUUCAGACUCAUGACCCUAACAAGAUGGCCUUCAAGUGUGAAGAGUGUGGCAAGAAGUACAACACCAAGCUAGGUUAUAAGAGACACUUGGCUCUUCAUGCAGCCACCAGUGGGGACCUUACCUGUAGGGUGUGUGCCCAGGAGUUUGGCGGUACUGAAGUUUUGUUGGAACACCUCAAAAGUCAUGCAGGGAAACCAACUGGCAAUACCAAGGAAAAGAAACAUAAGUGUGACCACUGUGAGCGUCACUUCUAUACCCGUAAAGAUGUGCGACGUCACAUGGUGGUUCACACGGGUUGCAAAGACUUUCUAUGCCAGUUUUGUGCCCAAAGGUUUGGGCGGAAGGACCACUUGACUCGCCAUACUAGGAAGACUCAUCCACAAGAACUGCUGAAGAGCAGGUUGCAGAAUGGUGACUCAGUAGGUCUCCUUGACCAACUUUUUCCAUUCAGACUGAAGGAAGAUGCCAGCAUACCAUCCCCUUUUCCUGAAAGAGCCUCUGCGCAGAAUGGAGUUUUGAAUAGUCCAGAACCAGAGGAAUACAACUGUUCACAUCUUCAUCCCCAGCCAAGCUUACAAACUGCUCUUCCUCUUGAACCUUCUCCUCAUUUGCAAAGGAUGGGCUGUGCAGACAGCCUUGCAGCUGUCCAUCCCACACCGUGCUCAACAGCCAUUCCUGCCAACCUGAACCUUCAUCAGUCUAAUAAGUAUGACCUUAGUUCUACCUCAUUUGCAGCAGGAUCCCUCAAAAAUCUUCCAAUCAGAGUGGAUGUUAAAGGUUACAACGUCCAUCUUCUAGAGGACCUGCCAUUACCAGAACCUCAGUCUCUCCACAAAAUCAGUCUGGAAGAAGCUUCCUCAGGGCCUGUAGGUGAUAUUCACAAGUACGCAGUGCACAAGGAGACAGAGACAGCAGCUGAAACUACCAGCAUGCCUUUCAUGGAUCUCACUCAUGUGAUGAGUUUCUGGCAACUCCCACCAGGUGACAACCAGAACACUACUGGGGACAUCACAAUGGCAUUUGGUCCAGAGGAGCCAUCACAUAGGCUGAAUGGCCAACAGCAAGGUCUACAGCUAGCAACUGGUGGCAUGGCCAUAAACCAGCUGCAUCAUUUUCCUCGCUCCUUUCCAUCCACUACAAAUUCUGUAACAUUGCCUCAUUUUCAUCAUGCCUUCAAAUAACUAUGCCUUUUAAAAAAAAAAAAAAGACUGAUUUACUUAAAUCUGUUAGGAGAGGGUUUUUUUGUUUGUUUGUUUUCAUUUUGUUUUAAGAAAAACUGUCCCAAAUGUUUUUUAAAGCAUGUUAUGAACAUGGUAGUUCAAUUCAGAAUGUUAAUAAACAAGAAGCUCUAUUUUUCAUACUACUAUUAGUUUUUAGCAUAUGACAAUAGUAGGACUAACAUAUUUCCCUCAACAUCCUCUGUACUUUUGUUUCUUACCUUUCAAACAAACAGCUGAAUAAAUAUCUUCAAUAACAGCAAAGCAUCAUAACAGGCACAAUGAAACUUUGGCUGCUGCAGUAGGAGAAAUAGGGUUAGGGUGAAUGGGAAGAAGGGGGAAAUCACAGAAAAAUAACUUUAAUGAGCCAAGAAUCACAAUAAGUGUAUACACAUGGAAACCUUAAUAUGAACAAGUUAUCGGUGUGAUCUAGAUUUCUGUUAAGCACUUAAUUACUGAAUUUUAGGAAUCUUUAAUUUAAAUCCAAAUAAUUCCAAGAAUAAAUCUUAUCUCCUUGUUUCACUCUUUUAAAAUGAAGAAAAUUACUGUUGUGAUUAUGUUUAACUAGUUUUUUUUUUUUUCCUGAAGCACACUUCAGCUGUGUGCAUCGCCUGCAUUAUUUCUAUGGCUGGAAAUAACUACCACUGCUGCAUGACUGUGCCAGAGCAGCUGUCUUGUAUGGGUGUGGUUUUCGGAAUGGGAAGUGAAUUUUCUCAAAGGUUAGAGCAAACAUUAAUUUUCACUUAGAACAUGAUCAUCUAGCAAGAUACAGGAACCUGGGUCUCACGCUAGCAAAGCACUUAAGCAUUUGCUUAAAUUUAAGCACGUGUAAUCCCAUUGGGUCAACAGCUUGCCUGAUUUAACACUCAAUAAAAAAAUAAUGCUUCCUACCUAAGGGGCCUUUAUUCACCUUUUGUUGAUUUUUUUAAAAAAUGGCUUUUGUUUAGCAUGGGAAAUUAUUCUUAAUCAUAGCUGUCUGAGACAUGGACUCCUUGACAGAAAGCCAGCCCUGGCAAGGCAGCCCGCCUCCAUCCAAGCUUAACCUCUGUUGAGUCAGUGGUAGGUCCCCAUGCAGGAGGCUUGUGGUAGUUACCUCAGGCUGUGCCCUGUUCUAAACCACAGGUUGUGGCCCUGCCUCAAAAGCAUCUUACGAAGUUAGUAGGUAUGGUAGUGGUCAAAGCCAUCUUAAUCAUGUUUGUUUUGCUCAAUAGUAUUUGGGCAGUUAGAAUUGGGCUUUCAGCCUGUGUUUCUUCCAAAGCAGCUUCACAGGGACUUCUCUUUGUUUCAUGUGGUAAAUUGUCCUUGUAUGUUUCCAGUUUCCAGCUGGAAACUGGUGUGACAGUCCCAUCACCUGACCGAUAUGUUAGCAGAAAUUGCAAAAAAAAAAAAAAAAAAAAAUCACAUCUCCCAGUAGAUGACAUUAAAUAAUAAAUAGAUAAAUAAAAAGCCUUCCGAAUUUACUUUCUUGCCUGACCCAUACUUAAAAAAAUAAUAAUAAUCCCAUUCUACUGUAUGAUGCCAUUACUAGUGGAUUUUGUCACAGCUGAAACAGAUGCAGAAUUUCUGAAUCUGAAUACACAAUCUCUUCCAUUAAAUUAAAAGGUAAUUAAUUGUACCUAAUGAUCAUUACAGAUAAACCAUGAAACAAGUUUGUUCUUGUCUCCCCCAUUAAUCACAGAAAUAUUUCCAGAUAGCUUCUAAUAAAAACUAUUUUUAAAAUGAUUGUUAUUUUGCUUUUAAAGAACUACAAUGACAGAUAUUAAUAUUUUUACAAGUUUAUGAUUAUUUGGAUUAUGGACAGGUGGUAUUAUUGCAGUUUGUGCAAGACUAUGUUCUUCAGAUCCAUUUUUAUUUCAAAUGUUUUUGGCAUAGAACAAAACAAAAGGAAUUUAAAAAUCAUUUGAAUUAUGAGAAUAGCAGUAGAAAAAGUGGGUAGCUGCACAUUCAUGUCCAGCUAGCAGUUACUUAAAUUACAAGUGUCAGAAUAGUGAAAAAGUCUAAAACAAUGUUACAUGCACAAUUUACAACUCAUCUCAUAAUUUUAUCUAGAUGUGGAAAGGUGUGUUUAUAUUCAUUUGCUGCAUUGUUUUCCUUGUUCAUGCAACUUGUACUCAGUUGCCUUUGUUCAAGCAUGUGUAUUUGUGGGAAAAAAAAAAAACAAAAACACAACACAUUCUUGUA